UUUCUUUCUUAUCCUGGGUGAAUGACGCUCAGCGAAAGUGACUGCCCCACUGUCACUGCCUCUCGGUUGCUCUGUAACUCUGUGAUUAACCAAGAAGUCUUCCCCACACACCCUAAAGCUCUUUUUGGAUAAUUUCCUACAAGAGCCGAAUUUUAAACACAUUUACUUUAUAAGAAGCAACAGAAAGGCAGCAUGUCAGCUGAAACACCAAUCACACUGAAUAUUGAUCUCCAGGAUUUGCAUGUCCAAACAUUCACUGUAGAGAAACUACUGGAGCCUCUCAUAAUCCAGGUUACUACACUUGUCAAUUGUCCCCAGAAUCCUUCCAACAGGAAAAAAGGACGUUCAAAAAGAGCCAGAGUCCUUCUAGCUUCUGUGGAGGAAGCAACUUGGAAUUUAUUAGACAAAGGACAGAAGAUUGCCCAGGAAGCCACAGUUUUAAAGGAAGAGCUUACUGCUACACUUGAGGAGGUUCGCAAAGAAAGUGAAGCUCUGAAAAUAUCAGCUGAGAGAUUUGCGGAUGACCCCUGUUAUCUCCCAAAAAGGGAGGCUGUGGUUCAAGCCGCCCGUGCCUUGUUGGCUGUAGUUACCAGACUCCUUAUCCUCGCAGACAUGAUUGAUGUCAUGUGUCUCUUGCAGCACGUGUCAGCUUUUCAAAGGACAUUUGACUCUCUUAAAAAUGUUUCCAACAAAUCUGACCUCCAGAAAACCUACCAGAAGCUUGGGAAGGAUCUGGAAAAUCUGGAUUAUUUAGCCUUCAGACGUCAGCAGGACUUAAAAUCUCCAGAUCAGAGGGAUGAAAUUGCAGGGGCCCGGGCCUCUUUGAAGGAGAACUCCCCACUCUUGCAUUCAAUUUGUUCGGCUUGUUUGGAACAUUCUGAUGUUGCUUCCCUCAAGGCCAGCAAAGACACAGUCUGUGAAGAAAUUCAGAAUGCCCUCAAUGUAAUUUCAAAUGCUUCACAAGGCAUCCAGAAUGCUCGAGCUCCACCGGAACCUCAGGCAGCAACCCUGGGGAGUGCUCUUGAUGAGCUCGAGAAUUUAAUUGUCUUGGAUCCACUCUCAGUGACUGAGGAGGAAAUAAGACCAUCACUAGAGAAACGUCUUGAAGCCAUUAUCAGUGGGGCUGCUCUUUUGGCUGAUUCUUCAUGCACGAGGGAUUUCCAUCGAGAGCGGAUUAUUGCAGAAUGCAAUGCCAUUCGCCAGGCUCUCCAAGAUCUGCUUUCAGAGUAUAUGAACAAUACUGGAAAAAAGGAAAGGAGUAAUACCCUAAAUAUUGCGAUAGACAACAUGUGUAAGAAGACAAGAGACCUUCGAAGACAGCUCCGUAAGGCGAUUAUAGAUCAUGUGUCAGACUCCUUUUUGGAUACAACAGUCCCACUUUUGGUUCUCAUUGAAGCCGCCAAGAAUGGCCGGGAAAAGGAAAUAAAAGAAUAUGCUGCAAUAUUUCGUGAACACACCAGCAGGCUAGUAGAGGUGGCAAAUCUUGCUUGUUCCAUGUCAACAAAUGAAGAUGGGAUUAAAAUUGUCAAAAUUGCAGCCAAUCACUUGGAAACUUUGUGUCCACAGAUUAUUAAUGCUGCACUUGCUUUGGCUGCACGACCCAAAAGUCAAGUGGUCAAAAAAACCAUGGAAAUGUACAAGCACACAUGGGAGAAUCAUAUCCACGUCCUCACAGAAGCUGUAGAUGACAUUACAAGUAUUGAUGACUUCCUUGCUGUAUCUGAGAGCCAUAUCCUAGAAGAUGUCAACAAAUGUAUCAUAGCCUUGCGAGACCAGGAUGCUGAUAAUUUAGACCGAGCUGCCGGUGCUAUCAGAGGUCGGGCAGCAAGAGUUGCUCACAUUGUCACAGGUGAAAUGGACAGUUACGAGCCAGGGGCUUAUACUGAAGGUGUGAUGAGAAAAGUUAACUUUCUUACAAGUACUGCAAUUCCUGAGUUUGUAACACAAGUGAAUGUUGCCUUGGAAGCCUUAAAUAAAAAUUCUUUGGAUGUGUUUGACGAUAAUCAAUUUGUGGACAUCUCAAAGAAGAUCUAUGAUACAAUUCAUGAUAUCAGAUGUUCUGUCAUGAUGAUUCGGACCCCAGAAGAACUGGAGGAUGUUUCUGACCUGGAAGAGGAUCAUGAGGUCCACAGUCACACCAGCAUUCAGACUGAAGGCAAAACUGACAGGGCCAAGAUGACUCAAUUGCCUGAGGCAGAAAAGGAAAAGAUUGCUGAGCAAGUUGCUGAUUUCAAGAAAGUAAAGAGUAAGCUGGAUGCUGAAAUUGAAAUAUGGGAUGAUACAAGCAAUGAUAUUAUUGUUCUGGCCAAGAAGAUGUGUAUGAUCAUGAUGGAGAUGACAGAUUUUACAAGGGGCAAAGGGCCGCUAAAGCACACAACCGAUGUGAUCUAUGCAGCUAAAAUGAUAUCAGAAUCAGGAUCAAGGAUGGAUGUCCUCGCACGGCAGAUUGCCAACCAGUGUCCAGAUCCAUCAUGCAAACAGGACUUGUUGGCCUACCUAGAACAAAUUAAAUUCUACUCUCACCAACUGAAAAUCUGCAGUCAAGUUAAAGCUGAGAUCCAGAGCCUGGGGGGAGAGCUCAUCAUGUCAGCUUUGGACAGCGUCACCUCCCUAAUCCAAGCAGCCAAAAAUUUAAUGAAUGCUGUAGUGCAAACAGUGAAAAUGUCUUACAUUGCCUCAACCAAGAUCAUCCGAAUUCAGAGUCCUGCUGGGCCUCGGCACCCAGUUGUGAUGUGGAGAAUGAAGGCUCCUGCAAAAAAACCCUUAAUUAAAAGGGAGAAGCCAGAAGAAACUUGUGCAGCUGUUAGACGAGGCUCGGCAAAGAAAAAAAUCCACCCAGUACAGGUCAUGAGUGAAUUUAGAGGAAGACAUGUCUACUGAAACCACUGUUCUACUUGUGUCUAUAUUACAAAGUCCUGGCUAAACACACUCCUUUAAUUUUACACUUAAUUAGUGCUGAAAGUUCAAAAGCUUUUAGAGUUAACCCACAAGUAAUGUAAAUCAUUAGAGGGUGAACCAACCUCUGCAACAUAUAUUUGGGAUCAUGUCAUUGUCAUUCUAUAUGCCAGCACCUAAUAAGUAAUCAAUAUAUGCUUGUUGAAUGAAUUAAAACUUCAGGUGUCAUUCAGCCUUUCUCAUCACAGAGAAUAUCUUACAUUCAUUACCAAAUGAACAGAGGAGACUCUAGUGAGUCUUCUUCAUCUGUAAUAGUUUGAGUACAUUCUUCUUUUUAAUUUUGAAUUAAAACAUUGACGUGAGCUUUUUACUUGGUUUUCAAUGGAAACAAAACCUCAUAAAAUAUUUUCCUGUUUAAUUUCCAUACUUUCUUUACCUGACCUGACCUGACCUGACCUGACAGAAAUGUGUAGUUUCUGCUGUAGGAAAAAGAAAUAUCAGUCUCUAAAUAUCUGUAUCUAUUUUUAACUGAUUAGGUUAACAUCCAUCAGAAACUAACUAAGCUUGAGCAGUCCAGCAACUUCCUAGAUUUUUAAAGUCAGCCUCAGUUAUUAAUAAAGCAAUUUAUUAACUUUAUAAAGAUUAUGAUGAGUUUAAUGAGUUUAGGGUUCCAUUGUGUUUAGCAGUUUUGCACAUUGAGUGUUGGGUUUAAAUGGGUGCAUCAGAAGUCUUAUGUGGUGGAAGAGUUAUCACUCACUUGGGGAAAUGGGAUAUCUAACUAUAUCCCUGAGUGAGUUAUGCCAACAGAUGUGUAAGCAGUUCUGCAUGACUCUAAAAAUCAAUUUGUACCAGCUUGCAAUUGUAAUUAAAAGGAAAAGGCCAGUUUGGAAAACCUUUGGUAUUGAGUAAAAUGUAACUGUGUAAAUUAUACCAUUGAACUAUGCAGCAGAGUUAAUGGCAAUGAAACUGGAGUGUUUUAAUAACAUCUUUUUAAAUAAAAGUCAUCGAGGUCAUUUUAUAACUGCUCACUAUGCACAAUCCCAAGCACUGUGCUCAUACCAAAUUUGUAAUGAACUUCAUAAUAGUCUCAGAUUCUAGUACAUUGCUCCUCUUUCUCUCCCUCACGCAUGCGCACUCUCCCUCUCUUUCUCUCCCUCCCUCCCUCUCUCU